AUGACCACGCCACUACCAUUAACAUAUCGUAUGUCUAAUGGUUUCGGCCCGGCUACCAAUGACGCUGUAAUGGCUGUACUUGGAAGGCUGCGGCACUACUGCAGCAACGAACAACAGUAUUUAAAUGCAGCGCUGCCUCCCAUCAUCUCCAACGACGGCUCGAGUUUGCUCAAGCUUCCGGAUGAACUGUUGCUGCGUGUCGCGCGGUACAUCGUACAUCCUCGACGCAACGAAGAUUUCCAAAAUAUCGGACUCACUUGCCGACAGCUGCGUGGCAUUGGGUGCGAGGCGCUUGUUCGCGGGGGAUACAUUCCUCUAACAGGAGUGCGUGGAUACCUACUUUUCCUUCUGAAUAAUCCAGAAUAUGUCCAGAAAGUAGGAGGUCACCUUGAUCUAUACGCACGAUUCUCGUUCAAGUUCAAAUGUGUAGUCGGAAGGCAUGCUGAUGACCAAAACACUUCCAUGUUUCACGAUUGGAUGCAGGAUCACAAGAAAUACUGCGCAUCUGGACACGAGAUACUUUCUCAAAUAUUCCAGAAAGACGACUCUGGCUGCUGGGCUAUACGUCCUGGCAAAAUUGGACCACUGGCACACUCGGCGUCCCUCAAUGUACUGUUACGCCUAGUGCCAAGUUUGAGCAGUCUUUCGGUCUCAACCAAUUUCAUCCCUACCGCAAGCAUCCUCCAGGAUAUUCUCGUUCGACCAUCUCAUCAAAAUAAUGCACCGAUCUUCCCUUCUCAUGAGACGCGCUUGAGUCGGGUCCAUGCGCUUGACUGCGAGUCUUGCGAUGUAACAAACAUCAUCAGCCAGCUGGAAGACCUAGACAUUACCGAACCGAAAGAGAACACGGUGGAUUAUCCUUUAAGCUUCACAAACUUCCCAAGUCUCAAGCGUGUGCAUGCACCGGCUCGACUCGUGUUAAGUAGGUUCGAACAUAGUGGUCCCUUUGGUCACAGCAUGGAGUUCACGUGCAAGCCCGUGGAAACAUUUCCCCCGAGCAUAGAAAAUGUGAGCUUAUCAAUCUCUGGAGGACAAGAUGAGAUCGAGGCGCUUUUGCCCUGGCUGCGAGAGAUCCGCGAUCAACCGCACGCCUUACCACGUCUUAGAAGUGUCAGGCUUCUAAUCAAUACCACUUUGUGGGACUUUCGAUGCCACCUUGGCAUUGCACUUCGCCGUGCACGAGCUCUCGCGGAAAACUUGGAACCUUCUGUGUCACCCGUCAUUGAGUUGUACUUUCGCACGAUCUCCAAUCAGGUCCCAUCGAGAGCCAACUUUAAAAAGUUUCAAGCAUUUGCAUUAAAGGACAUUGCGUUUGAUUCAGACAGUGCCUGGUGUCAGUAA